AUGAAUCAAAAUUUUAAAGAAGGACUGCCAGUUAUCAAUGACAGCAAUAAUAAUUCAAUCAAUAAAGAGAGUAUUCAACCUUGUUAUUUCUAGAAAAAUAAGCAAGGGAUAAAUUAAAUGUAACCAUCAUAAGAAAACAUUUUUGAGAAAAAGUUUCUUGUAAAUUAUGAUCGCUAAGGCCAAUUUAGCAAGAAGUCAUCACAUAGAAAAUCCUAAUAGGUUGAUUUACAUAAUGACAUUUCUCUGUCAAAGAUUUCACAUUAAAUUAGCUUAAAUACUACAUCCAUUUAUAAUAAGACUUCAAAUAGUGCUAAACGCACAAAAUCUUAACUCACAUCAAAGCCAAGUUAAAAAGACAUUAGAUAAGAGUAUGGAGCUAACAAGCUCUAGGAUAGACUAGAAGGCUUAGAUGUCAUAAAAGAGAAGAGAAAGCAUUGA